AUGUCAACGAAACAGUCGGAUAUUUUCAACGUUAAUACAUUUUUUUGGAAAGUCUUCGCUCUAUGGCCCGGGAACAUACCAUACAAAUAUUACAAAUACUUUUCCUUCGUUUAUCUUAUAAUCAAUUUCAUUAUUUACAACAUUUUACUGUCACUAAACUUGAUCUACACACCAAAAAAAGUUGAGUUGCUCAUUCCAGAAAUGCUGUUUUACUUUACUGAAGUAACUGUAGCAGCUAAAAUUUUGAUGAUAUUUGUGUAUCGAAACAAGAUUAUAGCAAUUUUUGAAUUGAUAAACUGCAAUGAAUUUAAAGGCGAUAAUUCUGACACUAAGGGUAUUAUUAAAAAAGACAAUUUAAUUUACAAAAGGGGUUGGAUAACAUUGACGCUUUUAGGUAACUUUGGAUUUUUAUCUUUAGUAAUUUUACCAUUAAUAGCGAGUCUUAUUUGGAACAGAAAACUGGAACUACCUAUUUGUAAAUAUUAUUUUCUCGCCGACGAAUUCCGAGAUAAGUAUUUUAAAUAUUUGCAUAUUUAUCAAUCAACCGCAAAGUACGGCCACAUGAUGUACAAUGUGAAUAUAGAUUCAUUUCUUGCUGGAUUAAUGUUAAUAGCAAUUAGUCAAAUGAAAGUACUUAAUUAUAAACUAACAAACUUGAAAGGGAACACUAGCUCCAGAGAGGAUAGAAAAGAACUGGAAAACGCACAAAUCUCGAAACUGAAUGCAUGCUUGCGACAUUAUGACAUCAUUUUAAGAUAUUGUAAGAGCAUUCAAGAUAUAUCGGAUGUAGUCUUAUUUGUACAAUUUGGAAUGGGAUCCGUGAUUAUAUGUGUGACAUUAUAUGGACUAUUAUUGCCAUCAAUAAAAGCGUCAAGGAUGUUUAUGAUUUCUUAUGUAAUGGGGAUAUUGAGUGAAAUUUUGAUUCCUAGUUAUCUGGGCACACAAGUAUCUUAUGAGAGCGAAAAAUUAGUAGUUGCAGCAUAUGAUAGCGAAUGGAUAUCAAGAUCUGAAAAGUUUAAGAAGAGUUUAAAAAUUUUUAUGGAGCGCGCUAAAACGCCUAUUGUACUAACAGGGCUGAAACUGUUCCCUCUAUCUCUGACGACAUUUAUUUGGGUUAUAAGAACAGCAUAUUCUUUUUUAACACUUGUAAGAAAUGUUCAAGAUCGGCAAGAAGGAAAGGUCUGA